GAUCUCAGAUCAUGUUGGUGUGGGUUUAAGGGGCUGCUUUCAGAGAAAUUACUCUCUUCCAAACUUUUUACGCGGUUUAGAGUGUUGUAAAGAUGUGGGUUGCUCUUCUCCUUUUUCAUGGGGAUUUUCAAACCCUAAAUCUUUAUCAAACAGCAGCUGAAAACCCUUUCAUCUUAUCAUCAUCGUCAUCUUUUUCAAUAUCUUCACCCUUAAUUACAUACAGUUGCAGAAACAAAAACCCGAUCGACCCUUUUGAUUAACUUCCACCAUUUUCGUCAACAAUUCACGAAACCCUAGCUAAAAAUCUACCCACCAGUUUCUGUUUCUCCACCCUUCAAUUCGUUUUCUCAAUCUUUUGACCAGUUUUUACCACUCAGUUCUACUUCUUCCCCAGCUAAACCAUGGCAGAUUAUGAUUGGAGUUCUCUAUACGACAACGAAGCAUCAGCAAGUUCAAAACCAGUACACUUGAAACUCAUAUUUCCCGAUGAAAUCACUUCGCCGGUGUACACCAGAACAAGGAUCACUGGAAAAGCCGCCGGUAGUGAUGGAGGACGUAUUGAGUCCAUUAGAGUUAUCUUGGUUGACGGUCAAACCAACCAACAAGUAACCACCGGACCGGCAGCUUCUGCAACGGUGAAUUUAGUACUUCUUCCGGCAAACUUCGGUGACUCCACCACCAGACACGGCGGCGUUUGGACUCCUCAAGAUUUCCAAGACAAGAUCAUCACCAACUGGGGAAAAAAGAAAAAUCUUCUUUUGGGUGAUCUUACUGUCGUUCUCAAGGAUGGGAUCGGGACGGUGGGCGCAAUCCGAAUCAAACACGAUGGCAAACCGCUUAAAAAGGAUAAAUUUCGAAUAGGAGCGAUGGUUGUCGAUUGUCCGCUUGAGGUCCAAGAGGGUAUAACCGUUCCGUUUGAGGUCAAGGAUCGCCGGAAUGAAUCUAAGGAUUCAAGACAAUUAUUGGCUACUGAUAAGCUGUGGCGUUUGAAGAAUAUCGGGAAAAAAGGCCGGACCAUAAAAUGUCUCGAGAACGAAGGUGUCUUGACCGUGAGCGAUUUUCUUGAUAUGCACGAUUCGAACCCUCGGGCACUCAAAGAGAUAUGCGGUGUCAACAGCAAAAGUUGGGACACGAUGGUGCAUCACGCAAAAAGAUGCCGAAUUGAAAACAUGCCCGAUGGUUAUGGAUCGGUUGGAUCCACGUCUCAGUUGUCGAACAACUACAUGCCAUUCUCCGAUUCCGAUUGCUAUAUACCGCAGAUGUCUGAGAAUGAUAUUUCUGUUCGAGAUUAUGAAGAAGAUGGUCUAGUUAUUCUAGCCGGGGACUUUGUGUUCGAACCAUUUCCAGAAGAUGGAACCAAUGGUGCAGCGACUAGGGUCAGCAAUGGCCGGGAAGGGAGGGUUGUUUUGGCUAAGAAAAGAUGGAAGAAAGUUCGUGCUACUUUAUGGUUCUCGUUGGUGUCUUGCUUCAAGGCUGGGUUCGGUACUGUAGGUUCGACCCCGGCUGCUGGCUAUGCUGGUUCGAAGGUGGGUCCAACCCUAGCUGAUUAAGGUGGUUCGACGGUUAGGUGCCGCUUCCCGAAUAAAGAUUUGUGUGAAGGCUUUUCGAUUUAUUUUGGUUUCAAGUUAUGUCUGUUAUGUGUGUAAUAAAAUACUUGUUUAACUUUAUAUGUAAUAAAAUACUUGUU